UUGGCAAGAUAAAGAGCCUUGCAAGCAAAUUGCCAUUCAAUUCGUCCCGCCUUUGUUCGGGUUUAACAAUCACAGGGGCAUUGCAAUGUCUUUUGAAUCAUGCUCGGCAGGGCGUCAAUGAUAACGUUGGAACACGCUAAUGAAUGAUUUUAGUAACACGUUGAAGUGUGGGGCCAAACUCCGUGUGAUUGUUUAUGGUACUCAUAAGUCAAGACAGUUGACAUGAACUAAGACGCCUGGAGACCCUGACUGACUACACAGGUGUUGUUCUGCCGUACAUUUGUGUAAAAAAGUUGCCAGCAAUUUGAGAGGGUUCUCUGACCGCACGGAACAAUAUAGCGCCAAUAAUAGCUACACAACUGCUGGUCUUCAUUUAAACACGUCAUAGUUGAAGCCACGGUGUCGGAGGUACUAUCAUUAUUAAACGUUGCGAAUCAAAAUAGAUGAAAAUCGUCUUUUAGCCGCACGAUAUCGGCCAAGAGGAUCGAACCGGUAUAUUUGGAUAGAAUUCACGCGAAUAUCGAGAGAAGACGCCAGCGAGUCAAGGGUUUCAAAACCUACUGAAAUCGAGUGUGAAAUUUUGAGAAAAAAAAAGGCGAGGAAUUGUUCUUUUGCCAUUAACAAGAUACAUUGGAACAAGAGCUGGCCAAUCGCAACAACACUUUAGACGCGAUAGAUAGGGGUGACGCCCAAACAAGAAUACCAUACCAAGGACACAUCACCUCGUCCAUUCAAAAUAUGACAUCGCGCCAAGGUCAUAUACGUCGACCAAUGAACAGUUUCAUGGUGUGGAGUCGUGAAAAGAGAUGCGAGAUCUUGAAGACCAACCCAGGGAUGAGCAAUGCAGUGAUCAGUAAGAAACUGGGAACGACAUGGAAGAGCUUAUCUGAGGAAGAGAAGAGGCCUUACGUUGAGGAAGCCAAACGACUGACCUGGCAACAUAAACAGGACUAUCCUGAUUAUAAAUACAGACCAAGACGAAAUAGCAAGGGCAAGAAUAAGACCACUAACCCGAGGUCAUCAUGUUCUCCGGGUAAACCUGAAGUAAGUUUCUCUCCCGAUUGGAAUCUUGCUCAAUCAAAAUCAGCUUUCACCUUGAAACAACCAGGCAUGCUACAAGCCGCGUCAUUUCAACCCGAACAUCGUCCAAGUGCUUUGUUCCUAUCGGAGAAAGAUACCUCACGGUACUACCUCUCGUAUCCGGGUUACUCACCCUAUUCCCCGCGUCUUUACUCCUCGCCAACUCAAUUGGGCUCUCAGAUGGUUUGUGUCAACGACAUUUACCCUCCAUAUCGACACGUCGCUACUGUUAACGAUCCCGGUAUUCCACCUGCUUUUAAACCGGAUUUUCGUACCUCCUCGGAACGAUGGGCCUACGUUCCGACCGGGUAUACAAGCCCUGUUGAAACAUCACGAUUCGUUUUUAACGGUGGGCAAGUUCAUUAGAAAAUUCGGCUGAUAGAGACUACAAUAAUCCAAUUUUCAUUACGGUAACUUUAUUGCACUAUGGAUACCUAGUCGUUAAAUUCAACACUAUGUUUUGACGUUUGUACUGCCUUAUUAUAUAAGGUUUGAGUAUUCUCCCAAGGGGCGAAGGAAAUAAUUUGAUUUUUUUGACAUGCCCAAACCGAAAAGAUCAAUUAUUUAAAAUUGAGCCGUUUUCGAGUCUAUGAUUCUGCAUCAUUUGAUGCGUUUUGUAAGGUCUUGAAGACCUUUGAAUACGUUUUUUAAAAUAUCUUUGAGGGCUUUGAACUCGGAAUGACGCAUUUCAAGGCGCGCCCAAAUUGCUGAUUGGCUGUGUGGGUAUUGUUGAAAAGAUUUCCUUCAAAUAUUGUAGGUAUUCUCUCACGAUGUCAGCAGUCACUCUGCACGGUAUCAUCACAGUUUACUAUUUAUAAACUAUUGUUUUGAAUAUUUAUUGCCAUAUCUUUAACGUAUACAUGUCAAACACCACAUGCAGGCACAAUUGCACUGGUUAACUGUUUAUGCACUUCGGUAUUACUGUCACAAAUAUUUCUCGUCGUUUCUGUUCGUACAUUGUUAAAAUUCAGCUGGAAAACUAGCUACAAUCCAGCGAACAUAAUCGUUGUAGAAAUAUACACUAUAUGCUCUGUUUUUGAGCAAUUUAAACCGUAUUCGCACUCUUGCACCUUAAAUUGUUUUAAAAUUUUCACUUUACUUCUCUUCUUUUUGAGAAAGAAUCUAAAACGAUCGCGCGUAUUAAUUGUGCGAAGAAGAAUGGGCGGGACAUUCUCUUGAAAAAUAUGUAAACAUUUAGUCAUGAUUUAUUUCUUGUACCAAGAGAGCGUAAUUUGCUUAAAAGUAUGCGAUAUUUAAUAGUUCCUUUAUUGAAAUUGUAUUUAAACCCCGCAAUAGGAACUAAGGCAGGACUAUAACACCUGUCAGACUGAGAUUGCUUAUGACUAAGAUUUUAAACAGGCUAUUAUUUCAUUUUUUCUUUGUCGAAUUUUGAAACUACAAAUUUAUAAGUCAAAGAGAAUAAACUCUUCAUAAAGUCAUGAAAAUCAGGCCCUGUGCGUCUCAUUGACGCAAUAGGCCUAGAUGAUGAAAGUCAUGAAAAUGACACAGGAGUGAUCUAAAAUCGUGGUUAUUUCACACAUUUUUUUUACGCCAAACAAAAAUGAGUUGCUCUCACUUCAGAGAAUAACAAACCAUUCAGGAACCCUUUAAUCUUAACAGUUAUAAGUAUCGUUUACAUUGAUAGCCUGUCUUUAGGACUGAAAUCUUGGUUCUUAUAUGUGGGGUUUUACAGCAUGUAUUGCACUUAUUCACUGAACAUUUUGCACUGCACGAUUCAAGCAACAUUUGCUUUGGACCUCUUGUCUCCAAAGAAGACGAGUAGUUAGAUAAAUAACAGUUAUCUACAUUUUGGUUUGAGGUAUAGUCAUAUUUUGUAAGUAUGUAAUCAAUAAAGAAUA